GACCCUGGAGGCAGACGGAGGCGAGAUUGUCGGAAUGGAUGUGAUGGUUUUGAAUUAAAGAACAUAAAUAAAUUAUGUUUGUGAUUAUGAUUGUUAAGCUUCCGCAAUAUUGAAAACUCCGUACUGUUUAUAUUAUGAAAAAUAUUAUUGUGAUAAAUAAAAGUGUUUGAAAUGUUUUAAAUUUUUACGAUUACCAAGUUAAUACUUUAAUCUGAAAGGGGCUGCAGACCUGGAUAGAUUAGGGUGUUACAUAGUCAAAGUUCUCUGAUCGAGGUUAGUCUUCUUCGGCCUUGCUCUUCCAUGUCUUCCCAAUCCUCAGUCUUUCGUCGGUCCGCGUCCGAGCGCGAUGCCGAGGGUUCCGUCACAUGCUCUGCCCAGGAGAGCGACUCCCGCUCACCCUCUGUUGAGGAGAUAGUCGAGGCGGUUGAGAUCCCUCCUCAGUCCGAGCCUCGCAACCAGAGGCGCACCACCCUGGAGGACUCGGGGAUCCGAGCGCGGAAAUGCACCCUCACGGUUGAGGAAUUUCGCAAGGCGAAGCGCCUGGCCUCGGCGCCAGGCGUGACCGUGCGUCGUCCCACCCCCGAGCAGUCAGUCUUUGACGCCCCUUCGGGUUUCUUCGCUAUCCACCUCAAAUCCCUCGAAGGCAAGAAAAGCUUUUCAAGACGAGGAAGGACUCCGCCAAGAGUUGGAAGGGGAAGUUCAUCUUCGUUUCUCUCUCCUCGGGUUCCUUCUUUCGCAAAGAACCCCUCAGUUCCUUUCGCGGAGGAGGCUGCUCGCAAGGCGCGCCAGGAGGCUCGCGAUCAGGCCGUUGCCGAGUUCCUAGCAUCGGAUGCAUUUCAGGAGGAAGCCUUCGCUCGCAUGAAUGAUUUGCUCAAGGCAUGGGGGCAGACUCCUGAGGGGAAGGCAUUCGCUCGCUCCGAAGGGACGUCGUGGUACAACCUCGGUCUGUUCCGAGCGCAGCAGGUCCUUUCGGAUAGGUUCCUCGCCGGGGAGGACCUCCCCGAGCCAUGCGACAAUCCUGAUGAGCUCGACACUUCCAUCUACUACCCGAAUGGCGGGAACUCUGCCGGCGAGCAGCCGAAUGCCGAGUGAUAUGACUUGAAACUUUGUUGUAUUUGAUGUAAUGCUGUUCAAGACUUUGUUUUUUUGAAUUCGGAUAUGUUAUGACUCGAUGCUUUGUAUGGAUG